UAAAAAUGGCAACUGGAGGUAGUAGUUUUAUAAGCAAACCAGCCAGAGGUUGGUUACACCCUGAUCAUUUAGUCAGUAAAGAAGGAAUUACUUAUACAGUGAAGUACAUAGGAUGUUUAGAAGUAUUCACAUCCAUGAAAAGUUUAGACUUUGAAACAAGAUCAUGUAUUGCCAAAGAAUGUAUAAACAGAGUUUGCGAAGCAGCCGGAUUGAAGUCUGCAGAUAAGAAACGAAGGGUGGAUAGAAGAGUGUUAAGAGCAAUAGCAGACAAGCCACGCAUGGAACAUACAGGUGCUACUAUAAAUUUGACUAUUAGCAGUUGCAGUUUAGCCUUGACUAAUAUAGAAACUGGACACAUUAUUGCCAAACAUGAAAUGCCACGAAUAUCUUUUGCCUCAGGUGGAGAUACGGAAAUACUAGACUUUGUUGCAUAUGUUGCGAAAAACAUGCAAGAAUGGCGUGCUUGUUAUGUAUUAGAAUGCGGAGGUGGACUGGCACAAGAUGUUAUAUCCACUAUUGGACAAUCUUUUGAAUUACGAUUUAAAGAAUUUCUUACAAAACCAGCCUCAUUACAUCCUAUGUUAAAUGGCAUGCGAGAAGCGGAUAGAGAUUAUUACAAUGAUCUUCCAGGCAAAGUGCCACCAGACAUUGGUCCUCCACCAGUACCACCUUUGCCAACUGCAGCAUCAACAUUACCCAAUCUAAAGCAUCAUCAUUCUGGGCAUAAUAACAUAUCGCGAAGCAAUGCACAGAAUUCUAUUUUGCAUGACUCAUUCUCUUCUAAUUCUGACAGACAUCAUCAACAAUGGGCAGAAACCGGUAAUUUAAUUGACUUAAAUUCUGAUGGGACAACCACUUCGAAUUUUAAUAUACCCCCUGAACACAAUUAUGUAAACGACAGUGUAAUAGCAGCAAGCAGAGAAAGUCAUCGUGAUCAAACAUCACUUUUUGAUGUAUUUGAUAUGCAACCAUUCAGUUCUGCAAUCUCGGAUAUGAAUAGAUUGAGUCCACAUUCUCAAAAGCAACAAUUAAAACAAGAAAUAUGGUUCCAUGGUAGUGUUAGUCGUGCUGAAGCAGAAUCCAUGCUUACAAGAGAUGGUGAUUUUCUGGUUCGAGAAUCUCAAGGUUCGCCCGGUCAGUAUGUUCUUACUGGUAUGAAUAAUGGUACACCAAAACAUUUACUGUUAAUUGAUCCAGAAGGUGUGGUCCGCACAAAAGAUCGUGUCUUUGAUAGUGUAAGUCAUUUAGUUAAUCAUCAUUGCGACAAUGUAUUACCAAUUAUAUCAGCGGACAGCGUUUUAGUACUUCGAUAUCCAAUUCCUAGACGUACGAACAAUUGA